AUGGCAAAGUCACUGCGAGCCAAGCGGCCGACGGCGAACAGACGACGACGGAGAACAGAUGACAAAUCGCCCUAUGUCAAAGUACACGAUGCACGCCUAGACAGGCUCUCGAGCAAGUUGAAGCAAUCUGCGCUCGGUCCAGUCGACCGGGAGGAGAACGAUGAUGGUUUCGAGACGGACGAAGAUGCUAUUGUAGCCGAGGAAGAGCCACAAGCCGUAGUGAGCGAAUCAAAGGACAAAGAGGAAGCAAUGCCCAUCGACGGAACAGCAAAGCCAGCGCCAAAGAUAUCCACUUCCGGCGAGCGCUCGACCGGACGUCAGACCUGGAAGCACAAGAAAGGCUUAAAGACGCACAAGCGGCCGAACACUCAGUUCAAAAAGGGCAAAAAGGGCAAAUUGCAAGGCUGA